AUGCAGAGAUUUAUAUGCUUCUCUAUAAGUUGCGCAUUCCUAAACGUUGACAGUUUUAAGUCUGAAAUUAAGGAGAUUAAAUCGACGUACGUAACGGUUGAGCAGCUGGAGGAUAUAAAGAAAGAGUUAUGUAAUUUUAAAAAUAACUCGCCACCUUUCUCAGCGGCUAAGAUCAACAUCAAGAGAGGCACGUAUCGUGACAGCGGCCCUAUAGGGUUAUCGCAUUUCGAUGAGUCGACUGUUAAUAGUAGUGAAGGCAAACCGAGCUGUGAACCUUCAACAGAUAAGGAGUAUAGUUUAAAAAAUAUAAAAAUUAACGAAAAGCAGUCUGAGGGCAGUAGUAAAAAAUUAUCUGAUGCAACAUUUCAACAAACGCCUGGCUCAGUGACGGAUUGUCGCAGGGACGACGCGAACCGCGAUGAGUCACAGCCUAUCGUAAGUGACCGUAAUCGGCUGUCGCGUAACCACCAGUCAGCUGGCUUUGGAACGACGGAUAAUGAGUCGUAUGCGCAAGUGAUUUUAAAGUCUAAUAAUGAGUGGACAGUUGUUCAGAGGAAGGGAAAGAAGUCCAAAAAUCGCGUUGAAGGAAAAUCAGGGAUAGCUGUGGUAGAACCGGAUGAGAUGUUUAGAGCAGCGGAAUGA